CAAAAUGGAAACUGGUAAACAAUUUCUCAAGUUGUGUACUCAACUAAUUAGCUUUAUCAACUUGUACAAAUUAUCAUUAUAAAGUAGACAUGUUUGUUAAUGCCUAGACCUGGUUUAGAAUUGAUUAAAAAUUAUAAUAAUAAUAGCAUUCUCCAGACUCAGCUCUCCUUCAGACAGACCACUAUUUCCUAUCUUUCUAUUUUUAGUCGGCCAAAUGACCCUAAAUUAGGCUGUCUGGGAUUUCUUAAAGGGAUAAUAUGCAGCCGGUUGUCUCUGGAGCUAACCGAGCAUUUUAUUCCAAAUGUUAGCCUUCCUCCUGUCGUGAAGAUGGAGAUUUUGCUACGCGAAUAUACUCAUGUUGGUCCUUGAAAAAGAUUUUUCAGGGGAAUGCAGUCAGCAACAGAGGAGAACAGUUGUGAUGGCACCUCGGGUGUGCCUACGGGCACGAUGGUGCAAGUGUGUUUCCCCAAUGUGCAGACAUCUGUGCUGGACAGCCUUAAUCGACAGCGUGAGGAUGGGCAGCUGUGUGACCUCUCCAUACAUGUGCAGGGACACGUUUUUAAAGCCCACCGCUGCGUGUUAGCUGCCUCCUCUCCGUACUUCCAUGACCAGGUGCUACUGAAGAACAUGUCCACAGUGUCCAUCCCAGCUGUUAUGGACCCGCUGGCUUUUGAGCGAGUCCUAAGCUGUGCCUACACCGGCCAGCUGCAAAUGCUGCGUGAAGACAUCGUCAACUACCUCACCAUUGGGAGUGUGCUCCAGAUGUGGCACAUCGUCGACAAGUGCACAGAACUACUCAAAGAGGACAGAGGCAGUUCCUCUGGGCCACAGGGUACAGGUCCAUCCUCAGAGAGCACUAGAUGUAGCAGUGUUGCUAACAGGGAUGCGUAUGGUGCCGAAGGACACACGCAGUCUACGGUGCAACCUCUAAACCGUCCCUCACUGAUCGAGAGUCAGUCUCCCAGCAGUACAAACUACUUCAGCCCCAAAGAUGCUAGUUUUGGUGGCGCAAUGGCGAGUACUGGAACAGUGGGAGAUGGAGGCGUACAUUCCACUCCUAACUACUGCAUGCCUUCCAGUCGAGAAGAUGCUUUCCUAAUCGAUGAGGAGGAGGAGGAGGAGGAGGAGGAGGAUGAGCUUGUGUACCCAAGGAAACAGGAGCAGGGGAGCGGCAGGAGGAAGAAGCCUAUGCCGGCCUCGGAUCAAGAAAUAGGAGUGAGUGACAGUUUCGGGGUUUCAUCCUACCAAGAUAUAGAGCCCUCGCCACCGCAGAAGCGCCCCAUGUACAGUCAGCCGAGCAUCAUGCCUCGGAAGCAGUGGGUGGUAGUGAAAACCGAGCGCUCCAGGGACGACGACUUCAUCGUGGUCUCCGGAGAAGAAGGGGGUGAAAACGAAGAUGAGCAAGAGUUAGAGAUUGCCAAGGAGCGAGAAAGGGAGAGGACGUUUAAUAUUUCUAACGUUAGGACUCUUUCCGCAGACCUCAGCAGCAGGGAGGAAAUUGAAGCACAGGUUGACUACUGCCAAUCACCGGAAGACUACCUCAAGUUUGAAAGUGGCUUGAUGGACCAAACUUCAUCACAGCACACGUUGGAGAACCCGAGCCAGAGUACCAGUCGAGCAGUUACUGCAUUACUGAGCUCGGUCCAGACAGCCGCUGCCAGAACACAGCUCUUCCCACUGGACAUGCAAGGGAACCAGAUUCUUCUCUAUAACCAAGCUUCUCCUACGCUUGGCCUGCAAGAAGCUUUGCCUGGGGUGUCAUUAAAAGGAACUUCGGAGCACGGAACAGUGCACUUGACUGGGCAGGGUGGAAUGGACAGUGGCUUAGACGGGUUCGACGGCAACGGGGCCGGCACCACAGGCAAAGUCUUCAUGUGCCACUGUGGCAAAAGGUUUACUCACAAGAGCAUGCGAGACCGCCACAUCAACAUGCAUCUUGACCUGCGGCCUUUCCACUGUCCAGUUUGCUCCAAGAAGUUCAAGAUGAAGCACCAUCUGACGGAGCACAUGAAGACACACACUGGUCUGAAGCCCUACGACUGCAUUAGCUGUGGGAAAAAGUUCAUGUGGCGUGACAGUUUCAUGAGGCAUCGCUCUCACUGCGAAAGGCACGGUGGCAUCAGUGGUACUAGUGAGGCCCAAGGUUCAGAAGGGGCAGUUAUUUCCCCUCAAAAUCCUCUUCAGCACCAGCCUUCAGGCAACAAAGGUACUCAAGGCAGCAUUGGAGGCAGAAGUGGAGUUCCAGUUUUGUCUCCACACCACUCCAGUAGUAGCAGCAGCAGCAGCAGUAGUAGUAGUAGAAGUGGUUUGAACAUGGCAGUCCCUGGGUCUCUUUUAGGGAUAAAUCCCCAAAGUGGAAUGUAUGGCCAUGGCCCUGGUGUUCUUGGGCUAGAGGUAAGCCAGAGCGAAUGUGGGGAAGAUAUAAGCGAGGUUUGUAUAGGUGAAAACAGCGUCACUUAACCAUCACUUUAGCAUCCUUUCAAAAAAGCUAAAUAUUGCCACGUGUGUAUAGUUGUCCGAUCGUGAUAGUGUCCGUGAGCAUGAUCCAUGUAUCAGAUAGGAAAGAAAGAAUUUAUCAAUCUUAGAGCAUUUAUAGUAUGUUGAUAUAGAAAGAGCACUUUGUUGUUUUGUUUUUGUUUUUUUUAUUGAACGAAAUUCUCCUUGGUGCAUUAAUGUAAAAUAGUGCACAGUCCACAGAAUGUUAGAAAAAACUUUCUAAUUUAAAGAUUAAAUAAGAAUUGGACAGUUUGUACAAAAGAAAAAAAUAUAUAAUCCUGAAUAUU